AUGGGCCUGCAGCUUCAUCGCCGUUAUACGCAGUCGGCCCUGGUGGGAAACAGACAUUCCGAAAGUCUCAAUCAGCUGCGUCGCGUUGUUGGAUACAUGGCAAUCUAUCCGAUAGCGUACAUCAUUCUCUCGCUGCCUCUUGCCAUUGGUCGCAUGGCUACCACCAAGAACCGCAGCCCCAGCGCGCUUUAUUUUUGCGUUGCUGGUACGAUGAUGGCAAGUUCGGGUCUAGUUGAUGUGUUAGUGUACUCCCUUACCCCACGCAGACUACUCGUUGAACUAGGUUUUAACAACGAUCGUAUCGUCCACUCAGUCCACGAUGGCAAGGAAAGAAAAGGCGUCAACCCAGAAAAUUUCACCAUGAAUUCUGCAAAUACGAGAACGGAAAUAUGCGCAAACUGUACAAAUGUCACAGCGCAUUUCGACUCGACGGGGACCACUAUACAGUCUCCUGACACAAGCCCCGUACCAAUGGGACAAGUGCAUCUACAUAGAACAUUCGAUGUCAACCGUGAACCCUGA